AUGUCUGAAACAACCACCCAGACCAAAACCAAGCCUCAACAGGAAAGGUACUCCAAAGACAAAAAAGUCGGUGAAGGUACUUAUGCUGUGGUUUACGUGGGGAAGCUGGUGAGAAGCGGUCGUCAGAUUGCCAUUAAGGAAAUCAAGACUGGACUCUUCAAAGAUGGCCUUGAUAUGCUGGCUCUUCGAGAAGUUAAGUACCUCCAGGAGCUUCGCCAUAAGAACGUGAUUGAACUUAUAGACGUGUUUAUGUCGCUGGAUAAGAACUUGAACUUGGUGCUUGAGUUCUUGCCUUGUGACUUGGAGGUGCUCAUCAAGGACCAGAGUGUGGUGUUUAAGUCUUCAGAUAUCAAGCUGUGGCUUCUUAUGACGCUUCGAGGGGUGCAUCAUUGCCAUAGGAACUUUAUUUUGCAUCGAGACUUGAAGCCUAAUAACCUUUUGUUGGCGCCUGAUGGACAGCUUAAGAUAGCAGAUUUCGGUUUGGCUAGAGCGUUUGGCAACCCGAAUGAGGAUUUGACGUCGAAUGUCGUCACGAGAUGGUAUAGGGCGCCAGAGCUUUUAUUUGGCGCUAAGCAUUAUACGGGUGCUGUGGAUGUUUGGUCGGUGGGUAUAAUAUUUGCUGAGCUUAUGCUUCGAACGCCGUAUCUUCCGGGUAAAGACGAUUCAGAUCAGCUCGAUGUGACGUUUAAGGCUUUGGGAACGCCUACAGAGCAAACAUGGCCCAAUGUCUCGAGCUUGCCGCUUUAUAACGCUUUGAGAGUGUACCCUCCUCCAUCCAGACAAGAGCUUCGGAACAGAUUCAGCGCAGCUACAGAAAAAGCCUUGGACUUGAUGAUUUUCAUGACACAAUUAGACCCAUCUAGACGGUGCACGCUGACCCAGGCACUUAUGCAUGAGUACUUUACGGAAAUUCCAUUGGCUACAGACCCAGAGGACCUUCCUACGAAGGGCGGAAAGGAAUCUGCCGAGAAGAAACGUCGUUUGCAGUAA